AGGAAGUAGCGUGAGCACUUCCGGCUCCGCUGCCUGCCGGGGAGGCGGAGCGGCGGGAGAGCUUCCGGUGGCGGUGCGGAGCGGAGGGGGGCCGGCGGCCAUGUCGACGUCGCUGGGCUCCAACACCUACAACCGGCAGAACUGGGAGGACGCGGACUUCCCUAUCCUGUGCCAGACAUGUCUUGGAGAAAACCCAUAUAUUCGAAUGACCAAAGAGAAAUACGGAAAAGAAUGCAAGAUUUGUGCCAGGCCUUUCACAGUAUUUCGCUGGUGCCCUGGUGUUCGUAUGCGUUUUAAGAAAACAGAAGUAUGUCAAACAUGCAGCAAGCUCAAGAAUGUCUGUCAAACCUGUCUGCUUGACCUGGAAUAUGGUUUGCCUAUUCAAGUCCGGGAUGCAGGACUCUCCCUUAAGGAUGAAAUGCCUAAAUCUGACGUCAAUAAAGAGUACUACACCCAGAACAUGGAAAGAGAGAUAUCUAACUCUGAUGGCACUAGACCAGUUGGUGCGCUAGGAAAAGCCACUUCCACAAGUGACAUGCUGCUUAAGCUGGCUCGGACCACACCUUACUAUAAACGUAAUCGACCUCACAUCUGUUCCUUCUGGGUAAAAGGAGAAUGCAAGAGAGGAGAAGAGUGUCCCUACAGACAUGAGAAGCCUACAGAUCCAGAUGAUCCUCUGGCUGAUCAGAACAUCAAAGACCGUUACUAUGGAAUUAAUGACCCUGUGGCUGAUAAACUUCUGAAACGAGCAUCAACCAUGCCUCGUCUGGACCCCCCUGAUGACAAGACUAUUACCACGCUGUAUGUUGGAGGGCUUGGAGAUACUAUCACUGAGUCAGAUCUCAGAAAUCACUUUUACCAGUUUGGGGAGAUUCGGACAAUAACUGUAGUACAGAGGCAACAGUGUGCUUUCAUCCAGUUUGCCACCCGGCAAGCUGCAGAAGUGGCUGCUGAGAAGUCCUUCAACAAACUCAUUGUCAACGGUCGCAGGCUCAAUGUCAAAUGGGGAAGGUCCCAGGCAGCAAGAGGAAAAGAAAAGGACAAGGAAGGAACUACAGAAUCUGGGAUAAAGCUGGAGCCAGUUCCAGGGCUCCCAGGAGCUCUCCCCCCGCCUCCAGCUGCAGAAGAAGAGGCUUCUGCAAAUUAUUUCAACCUACCUCCGAGUGGCCCUCCAGCUGUAGUUAACAUUGCCUUGCCACCUCCUCCUGGCAUUGCUCCGCCACCACCUCCAGGUUUUGGACCACACAUGUUCCAUGCCAUGGGGCCCCCCCCACCCUUCAUGAGAGCACCAGGCCCCAUUCACUACCCGUCUCAAGAUCCCCAGAGGAUGGGUGCCCAUGCAGGGAAGCACAGCAGCCCCUAGCACAUCGUGCCACUUUCCUCAUUUGAGUAAAUGUUAUUUUCUAGUUACCAUAGUAGCGCCAUAUGUUGAGCUGUGGGCGAGAGAAGCCUUACUUCCCUGCUUGCAGACACUGGGCAAGCUGAGCUCUGUGUUGCCGCUAGCUAACCAGAUCAUUGAUACGUCCCAAAUUUUUCACUUAGUGUUUGGAGGGUGGGGGGUAGGGAGGAAGAGGGCAGACAGAAGGAUUGUCAAGCAGGCCAUGGAUCAGUUGUACUAGAAUUACAGUGCUGUCAGUGUAUCCUGUUUUGCACAUUUUUGAAAUAAACUUCUGGAAAAACGAAAGCAAACCCUCUUCUAGCCCAUUUGAUAUCCUCAGACUGAACACUGUGGAAUGGAUAAAUGUAACCAGAGACUCUUCUCUGUGUUUAGUAACUAAUGACUUAUUAUUCUACUGAGGUACUACAUCUUGUAAUAUUAAACUGGGACUGAGUGAGAGGUGAAAAACAAGCUGAUCAGAUGUGCCAAUUUCGUGGCUUUACCUUACUAUUGCUCUAGUGCUUUUUCCUGACUUUUUCCUGCUUUUUCCUGACUUUUUGCUGAAACAAACUCCCUGCUUUUUCCUGACUUUUUGCUGAAACAAACUUUUUGGUGCUUCUUUUCCAGUCCUGCAUUUCCUGAGCAAGGUAUUAGGUCUUGCAAAUAGUCCCCUGCUAGUGCUGGCAUGACCUGGAGUGGCAGGUUAACAGCUGCUUAUUUUAGCCUCCUGAAGGCCCCCCUCCGUGGCCCACAGAGAAUUGGGUUGUGUUGCUGACAGCUGCAGGGGCAGGCCACAGCAGAGCUUCAAGUUUGUCCUGUUUGUGUUCAGAGGAUGAUUAGGGCUUUCAAGGCCUUUGGAUACAGUCCCUCUUAAGCUGUGAAAUGGAUCCAACUUUUUUCUGCUUUGAUUAUACAUGAAACUCUUCUUUCUGUGGCUCCAACUGUAAUGUUUGCCCAGGAGUGCCUGUGUCCUGCAUGGAGUCUGCAGUUGGGUAGGGUGUAUGGGCAUAUGGCUGAAGGAUUUUAAGAUUAUCUGUAUGUCUGCUGCUUUCAUGUAAUCGAUCUUUGGGUAUCUUUCUGUAAAGCAAAACAUGACGGGACCUGUUCUGAAGCCUCAUUUACUUGUUUAAAAAGAAAUACAUUAAAAUGUGUGAAAUUUUGAA